AUGAUAUUUCUGAAAAAGUAGCAUCUUCUUCAAUAACUUGCUUGUUUUAAUUAAUAUUACUUCAGAAAAAAAAUUUAAGCUUAAAGCAAUUUUUUUUAGAUUGAUUAACCUAUUAAUAUUACGAUAGUUGUGCAUCUGAAUGUGAAACUGCUUACUCAACAUCCUGUACAAGAUUUCUAUACGUAACUAAUUGUUAUAUUAUAAAAAUUGGAAUAAAAAAUAAUUUGUUAAGAGUUGAAUUAAUUUUGUCGAAAAUGGUUUUUUGCGUUUUUCAAUCCUAAAAGUAUGCUACACAAAGAUCAUGCUAUAUAUUAUUUUGUGUGCAUCAUGCAUUAAUCCAAAUUAAGAUUGAUGUAUGACUUGUUCAUUCGGCUACUUUUUAAAUGGAUGGAAAACCUGUAUCAAUUUUUUACUAACAACCCUUAAUUAUUUAAAGAAUGGUAUGUUCAUUUGAUAGCACCCUUAGGGAACUUAUAAAUGAAGUUAUAUAGUGGAUCACUUUAACUGAUGAUAUUAUUAUUCAAAUAUUUGUGAGACCUAUUUAGAUUAAUUAAUUUAGAGUAGUUGUCCUGGUCCAUGUUCAGAAUGUUUAGGGAUUUAAGUUAAUGAUUUCAAUAAAUUUGAUGUUGGUUAUUAUAAAAAUUCGAAUAUGA